GCAGCUCCAGCUCGCUCCCUCGGUCUCACCCCUGGCGCUGCCCCUUGGAUCACCUUCCUUCUCCGUCUCUGGCCUUGCUGUGUCCUGGUCCCCGCACAGCCUCCGUGCUGAGAGAAGUCUUCAGCUCCCAGAAGAGCCAAAGCGUCUUAGGACCUAGGUGUGACUUUUGCCCUGCCCUGGAGGGCUCCUUUUGGCCUAAUGGCAGCACCCCCGCUGGGCCGAACGGUGCUGACCCACCUGCUGGUGGCCCUCUUCGGCAUGGGCUCAUGGGCUGCCGUCAACGGGAUCUGGGUGGAGCUGCCUGUGGUGGUGAAAGACCUUCCCGAGGGCUGGAGCCUCCCGUCAUACCUCUCUGUGCUUGUGGCGUUGGGGAACCUGGGUCUGCUGUUGGUGACCCUGUGGAGGCGGCUGGCCCCCGGCAAGGGCGAGCGGAUCCCCAUCCAAGUGGUCCAGGGGCUGAGUGUGGUGGGCGCAGCCCUUUUGGCCCCUUUGUGGUACCACGUGGCCCAAGUGGCAGGGCAGUCCCACUCUGUGGCCUUCCUGACCCUGGCAUUUGUGCUGGCAAUGGCCUGCUGUGCCUCUAACGUCACUUUUCUGCCCUUCCUGAGCCACUUGCCACCUCACUUCUUACGGUCUUUCUUCCUGGGUCAGGGCCUCAGUGCCCUGCUGCCCUGUGUGCUGGCCCUUAUGCAGGGUGUGGGCCGCCUGGAGUGUCCGCCUGUUCCUGUCAAUGGCACCCCAGGGCCGCCCAUCAACUUCCCAGAGCGUUUUUCUGCCAGCACCUUCUUCUGGGUACUGACUGCUGUCCUCGUCACUUCAGCUGCCGCCUUCCAGGGUCUUCUGCGACUGCUGCCAAGACCACCAUCUGUACCCACAGGAGACCCAGGCUCAGGCCUGCAGGUGGGAGCACCAGGAGCAGAGGAAGAAGAGGAGGAAGAGGCCUCACCAUUACAGGAGCCGCCAACCCAGACAGCAGGCACCACCUCCAGCCCAGACCCUAAGGCCCAUCAGUUGUUCUCUGCCCACAGUGCCUGCCUUCUGGGCCUGCUCGCCACCACCAAUGCACUGACCAAUGGUGUGCUGCCUGCUGUGCAGAGCUUUUCCUGCCUGCCCUACGGACGCCUGGCCUACCAUCUGGCUGUGGUGCUGGGCAGCUCUGCCAACCCCCUAGCCUGCUUCCUGGCCAUGGGUGUGCUGUGCAGGUCCCUGGUAGGGCUGUGUGGUCUCUCUUUGUUGGGCAUUCUCUUUGGGGCCUACCUGAUGGCGCUAGCAGUCCUGAGUCCCUGCCCUCCCCUAGUGGGCACCUCUGCAGGUGUGGUCCUCGUGGUGCUGUCCUGGGUGCUGUGUGCAGGCGUAUUCUCGUAUGUCAAAGUGGCAGUCAGCUCCAUGCUGCAUGGUGGAGGCCGGCCUGCACUGCUAGCAGCUGGUGUGGCCAUCCAGGUGGGCUCCCUGCUGGGCGCUGUUGCCAUGUUCCCUCCAACCAGCAUCUACCAUGUAUUCCACAGUGGCAAAGACUGUGUGGACCAGUGUGGCCUCUGAGCCUUGGCAUGUGGGACCUCACUCCACCCCACUUGUCUCCAUCUGGAGGCUGCCACAGUGCCUGGGUGCCUGUGGCUCCAAGAGGCCUCCCCACACACUGACAUACUCACG